ACCACCUACCACAGCUGUAGUUUAAAAUGUGCUGGGGUGUUGUUAAACACACACUUCCUUCUUUUGUUCAUGGUAUGUGUAUGUAUGUGUGUACCUUGUACAUGAUUAUUUCCCUGAGGUAUUCCACACUAUACACAUACAUCAUGUAAUAGCCCCAGGCAGAUCUCCAUGAGUGUACUUUCACUGGUAUGGAAAUCACUAGCCAUGGUAUGUGAAGACUAUAAACGUCAGGCCGCCUAUAAAAUAGUUUGUGUUCCAUGCGUGACCAGCAUGAUGGAUGUCUUUAACAAAGUGUUAGGCAUGGUUUUCCCCAUCUUAUAAGAAUGGAGACUCACCGUCUGUUGUCAAAUUUGUCCGUCGACGAGGAGGAGAGGACAAUGGAGAAGUUAACUGAUAUUGAACUUACGAACAUUGCUACAACUGAUCCGAAACCCAGAUCAUUUGCAAAUGAUGCCACAGCGAUUCUAAUACAAGAAGAUGAUGUUGAGACACCAUACGGCAACGUCCACGUCGCUAUCCAGGGAGACCGGUCCAAGAUGGCCAUUCUCACCUACCACGACAUCGGCCUCAACCACGUGACAUGUUUCCAGGGAUUCUUCAGUUUCUCCGAGAUGCAGCCGAUACUGCGACACUUCUGUGUGUACCACCUGAACGCCCCGGGACAGGAGGAGGGCGCCAUGCAUCUCAAACCAGAACAUGAUGUUCUGGGUAAUCCCGAGUCGCUAGGUCAGAGGUUUGUCUACCCAACUAUGGACCAGCUUGCGGAAAGUGUUCACAGCGUUGUAGAGCAUUAUGGCUUGAAGAGGUUUAUUGGGUUUGGAGUUGGAGCAGGAGCAAACGUCCUGUCUCGUUACGCUCUCUGCUACCCAGACCAGGUGGAUUCUCUGAUUGUUGUGAACGCGACGGCAGCCCAGGCAGGCUGGAUUGAGUGGGGAUAUCAGAAAAUGAAUUCCUGGUACCUGUUCAGCGGUCAGCUGACUAACUUCACCGAGGAGUAUCUGCUGUGGCACUGGUUUGGAAAGAAAACUCGCUGGUCGAACCACGAUCUGAUCACAGUGUACCAGGACUACGUCAAAUCCAUCAACCCCCAGAAUCUUGCACUCUUCAUUCAGUCGUACCUCAAACGUACAGAUCUGCAGAUUGUUCGCGAGCUUGAUGCAAUGAAGAAGACACAAACCAGAACCCUCAAGUGUCGAACGCUGAUUCUGGUCGGUGACGACUCCCCCCACAUCGACGACGUUGUCGACAUGAACGGGCGGAUGGAUCCCACUGAGACAGAUUUCAUGAAGAUCGCUGACUGUGGUGGGAUGCCGUUGGAGGAACAGCCAGGCAAAGUGUGCGAAGCAUUCCGUUUGUUUAUCCAGGGCAUGGGAUAUGUUCCUGCCCUCCACCAGCUGAAGAGUGCUGCAGGGCAGGCUACGCUGGUGAGCAACAUUCACUCCCUGGAACAGAACCCAGUGCAGGCCGUGUGCUAGCCUGGUGAGAUGAGAGACUUGGAAACCACUUAGAGAAACGGACUACUCCGCUGGUCGAUAUUUAGACAGGCUAACACUAGAUCACGCUGCGCUGAUCAGACAAGCUGUAUUAUCAGCAGAAUGAAAUGUUUUUGAAAUUUUUUAGACUGACCACUGUGUCAUUCAGUUAUUUUGUAGACCACUUUGUCACUCUUGUCAUUGAUGUCAUUAGCCGUGUCACAUUGUCACUGAUGUCACUGCUCUCUCUCAUUCUAGUCGGAGGUGGGUUUUAACUUUCAUGGAAUUGACUGAUCAAAACUGUUGGUCCUAGUAGGACAGUUUAUCAAGUAGUAUAACAGACUUGUGAAACUAUGCUUUUGUUUAACGUUACCCACACACUCUCCAUAUGUGACUAACAAUCUUUCUAAUCCAGUCAUUUAUGCAUAUUAUCUUUUAUAGCUUACCAGGGCUUAUGCUGUCCUUCACCACACCAAUUCGACAAAUACUAAUUAAAGUUCAAUAUAUCCCAUUAUAAAAUUAACCAAAAGGUUAUUCAAAAAUCAAAUAAAUACUGUUCUUUAAAGAGCCUUAAUUAUUAUUUUGGGGGUGAGGGCGUAACUUAAACUUCUAUUUGGCUACCAUUGUUUUGGGGUGGGGUUCAGUUUAAGCCCUGGUUUACAGUAAAUCAUGUUUAUUUUUGUUGUUUUUUGCUUUCUUUCUUUUUUUUUCUUCUUUUUUUAAAUCAUGUUCUUGUGCGUAUUCAUAGAUAAGAUUGUAUGUAAGCCAGUGCAUCUUAUAUUGAAUCACAUUUAGUAUCUAAACUCGCCAGAGUACAUAUUUUGUAAAGCAUUAAGACAUUCGCCUUUAUUGUCCAUGCAUUUGAGAAUGUCUCUUGAGUGAUGACUGUUUGACAGUUGACUGUUUGUUACAGUUUCAGUUUUGGUUGUAAUACCUUCUUUUUCUGUUUUGUUUUCUUAUAAAGGUAUUUUAGAGUUACUUCUCUUUGUAUCAAUGUCUAUUUUUUCUUUAAGAAAACAUUUAUAUAUAUUUGAUGAUUUAUGUAAUAAUUUUAAAACAGUAUUUUGUGUAAAUAUGUUUUUGGUUUUUGUUGUUGCGUUGUGAUAGUGACUCAUAAGGGUUAGUGUUUGUUUUCAGUGAUGUUUUGUUUUUGUCUGGGCAAGGGCAUUUCCAGAAUUGAUCACAUGGGUGGGUGUCAGGUGGUGUAUGAUUACUGAUUGCUUGGUAGAUCUGCCAAAUCUUUUCCAUUAUGCAUAUGGUUUAAACAAAGUUUUAUUUUGUAACUGGUGGUAUGUUGCCAUACAUAACAUCCUCAUCCCACCCAAUCCACCCCCUCAUAAUGUGAUCAGUUUUGAAAAACAUCUAAAAAUAGAUGUCUAUAACUACAAGCAGACUGUCUAUCAUUCCAUUAGUUUGCACACUGAAUCUCUGUACUGUUCUGUUUCCAUCAAUCCCAGACCUCAUUUUAUUGUAUAAUCCUGCAAUACUAAUGCCAUACUAUGUUUGUUUAAUAUUCCUCUGUUUAUAAAUUCUACGUUUGUCAGGGUCAUACCUAACCUAAAGUAUUGGGGGAUGGGGGAAACCCAGUAACAAAGAAUUACAGGGAACAUUUUGUCCAGUAUCACGUCGCUAUUCUCUACGUAAGUUUCAGAGAUCACUACACAAUUUUAAAACAUUAAACAGUAAUUGGUAAUCAAUUUUAAAUUGACUAUAAAUAUUGCUAAUCAAAAUUUUGAUUUCAAAAUGUUCCCUGAAUUUAGGGAAAACAAAUAUAGGACCUUCUCCAGUUAGAUCCUUGACCGGUUAGGUAUGGCCCGUAUGUGUUUCUGUAUAUGAAAACAUGGUUGUGUGUAUGUGGUUUUGGUUUGUGUGAUUCAUCAAUCGGUUUUUAUAAUGUUUGAAGAAAUAAUAAUUUGAUAUUGAAGUUAAUUCUUCACCCAUCAGUAUUGUUUACUGCUAAUAGACAAACAUAUGGCAAUCAUCUCAGUUUUUCAUUUUGUGAGGAUCCAGUAUAUACUUCCAAUAAGGAUUGUUCCAGAAUUAAUAAAAUAGGGAUAAUAGGGAGGAUGCCAUAUUUUGUCUUUCUGUACCUACCACUUACAAAAUAACUUAAUUAAACCCCUCUAAAAAAUGUGGCAGGUCCAUUAGACACAAUGUAGUUAUGGUGCCUCACACACCACCCGGAUGUGAUUGCUUUUGGAUCCACUCUAAAUAAUAACUAGUCAUAUUAAAUACCCACCAAAGACUCGCUGUUAAAACAAUGACUGGGGUUGAAACAAACCAAACAUCUAAAGAGUUUACCGAUCAGUAAAUUCAUGUUUUUGUGAAAGAAAAAAAGAAAAGAUUAUGUAUUGUGAUAUGAAAUAAUGUGUACAGAGAACUUCUUAGAACCGGACAUUGAAUAAACCAGAAUUCCCACAAAACCACAUGUUUUACAUGGUUCCUGUUUAAAUAUCUGUACAGAACAGAACCUCUGUAAACCAGAUACACCUAAUAACCAGACUUUUAUUUCAACCCAUGGAUUUCCAGUUUAGAGGGGUUUCACCGCAUUGGCUUUUAUCCUGGUUAAUAAAAUAAAAAAAAAUAAAAAAAAACAUUUCAUAGAAUUAAAGAAUUUCUACUUAAUAUUUGUGAUGAAUCGGACAAACCAGAAAUACAAGAUUAUUAUUAUUAUUAUUAUAGUGAUGUCACUUGUUCUACUUAAAUUUGUGAUGUUGGUAACCUUUAUGUUUAUCUCUGUGCGGAAGGCUGUGGAAUCAUAUGCAAAGGUUUUAAUUCAUCUUUUCUCUGAUGAACAUUUGGACAUAACAGUAUGUCAGAUAAUAUUAUAAAUGAUUCAUCUAGUAAUACCACAUUUUGAGAAGAAUAUAUAAAGAAUUAAUCAAAUUAAAAAGUUCCUGUUCUCAGAAUUAAAAUCCACUGCCUGUGUAAUAAUUAUAAUGAAUUUUGAAAUUUGCCUUUUUGUACUUUGGUUGUCACGACUGUAGAUUUUCCUGUGUAUGAAAAUAGACAUUUUGUGUUACCAGUCCAGUUGUUUGUAUUGAUAUUUAUAUGCCUUUACAUGACCCUGUAUUGUAUUAUGUGACUAUAUAAUCAAGAUAUCAAUUACAAACUGUUCACUUACACAUGAAUACUAGUGGUUGUUAGUAACAAAUGGGAUGGACAGUUUGAAACAACAGAAUUGUUUUCGGAUUUUUUAAUGUUUUAAUUAUAUGUAUCGUAGUUGAAAUGAGUGAGCAAUGGAGACAUGUAUAAUUAAUUCACAGGGCUUUCACUGUGUUUUUGUUGUUCGUUCCACAUUUUGUCAUGAGCCUAAAAUUGGCACUGUCUCAAAUUUUGGAAGAAGUGCUAUUGGUUGUAGAUAUUUAGCAGUUUGUGUAUCAAAAACGAGUGUGAUUCUAAAAUAAGUAUCAAGGGGAAUAAGUCACUGUUAAUUGAGAGUCAUGGUGAGUAAUUCCCGGUUGAAAACCUAGGAGAGUAUUAUUAAUUGAAAAUCAAGGGGGAGUAACACAUUGUUAAUUGAGAAUCAAGGAGAGUUACUUGUUCAGUUGAGGGAAAAGGGCAGUAAACUGCUGUUAAUUAUAAAUCAAGGGAGUAACCAAGGGUACAUUUUUAAUCGAGAAUAAAGGGGAAUAACCUGUUUUUAAUUAUGAAUCAAGGGGAGGAAACUGCUGUCAGACGAUCAGUUUGUUGUGUUUUAAGUAGAGUACAUAAUCAGAAUCUUUGUUUUUGUAUUUAUAUUAAGAAAAAAAUAAUUGUACAAAAUCAUUUGUGAAAAUUGUCAUGCAUACUAUUAAAUGCUGGGCAAAA